AGACCACGUGACAUUAUAUAAGAUCUCCCGUCCCACAGAGCUCCCUUCCAGGGAAAAAGACAAACCGCUGCAGGUUGAGCUAGCGCGCUUGUCUCACUUUGCAUUCGCUGUCUUAUGAUGGAAGCGAUGUGGAGCUUUUGGCAACUGCUGCUGGCUGUGCCCCUUUUGAUGUUGGGCCUCUACUGUUGCUACAUUAAAGUAGUUCAUGUAAAAUACGAUUACAUCCCCGGCGCCCCAAGGGCGAGUUUUUUCUUUGGCCACUUGCCAACCCUCUGGAGAAUGUUGAAAAACAAGGAACUGAUACAUGAUCUCUUUCUGAAGUGGGCUGAGGAAUAUGGACCAGUUGUACGUUUUAAUGCUUUUCAUAGAAUCUCAUUAAUAAUAUUAAGUCCUGAAGGAGUGAAGGAAUACUUGAUGUCACCACAGUAUUCAAAGGACCCAAGGGUAUAUAGCCGACUUUGCAAUGUGUUUGGUGUAAGAUUUUUAGGGAAUGGCUUGGUAACCGAUCUUGACUAUAAUCAUUGGCACAAACAGCGAAAAAUUAUGGAUUCAGCAUUCAGUCGAAAUUACUUGAUUGGUUUGAUGGAGGUCUUUAAUGACAAAGCCGAAGACCUCAUGAAAGUGCUGAAUGAAAAAGCAGAUGGAGAGACUGAAGUGGAUAUGAUGAACCUGAUCAGACGGUUGACCAUGGACAUCAUUGCAAAGGUGGCAUUUGGCCUGGAACUAAACACUCUACACUGUGACCAAACACCUUUUCCUCAUGCUUUUACCAUGGUCAUAAAUGGGUUGAGCAAGGAACGAAAUCCAUUUUUCAAGUAUCUGCCAAGAAAUAGAAAAGAGGUACAGGAGGUUCGUGAAAGUCUCAGAUUCCUACGUCGCACUGGAAAAGAAUGUAUCACACAAAGGCGGAAGGCCAUCCAGACUGAAGAACCUGUCCCAUUAGAUAUUCUCACCCAGAUAUUGAAGAGUGCAGAUCAGGAGGAAUCUGAUGAUGAAACUAUGGUAGACAACUUUGUCACCUUUUUUGUGGCAGGUCACGAGACCACUGCCAAUCAAUUAUCUUUUACUAUCAUGGAAUUAGCACGGCACCCAGAAAUAGUUACAAAACUUCAGGCUGAAGUCGAUGAAGCUAUUGGUGUGAAGAGAGAUGUUGCCUACGAAGAUCUGAGGAAACUGGAAUAUUUAUCACAGGUCCUCAAAGAAACCCUACGGUUAUACCCACCAGUUCCAGGCACUAUGCGCUGGACAGAGAAGAAAAAUGUAAUUGAAGGAAUUGACAUUCCAGCAAACAUCACCCUAUUUUUCAGUACCUAUAUCAUGGGACGCAUGGAUAGAUACUUCAAGGAUGCUCUGACCUUUGAUCCUGAUCGAUUUAGCAAAGGCAAAUCAAGACCUUAUUUUUCCUAUUUCCCAUUUUCGCUGGGACCUCGUUCAUGUAUUGGACAGUUAUUUGCUGAGAUGGAAGUUAAAGUGCUGAUGGCCAAAUUUCUGCAGAGGUUUGAAUUUGAGCUGGCUCCACCGCAGAGCUUUAAAAUUCUAGAUAAGGGAACCUUGAAGCCACUUGAUGGUGUAACAUGCAGACUGAAACCACGGCAGCAGUUUAAUUUUUAAAAAGAGCAAAUGUUGUGCAUUUAUGUUCACAAUAUCUUUUAAACUGAACCAGGGUGUAUUAAAGAGCAUUUCAAGCAGCACUUGAAAGGCUGAUCCUGAUGUUUACAUGUUCACCUGACCACUUUAGAUUCUAGAACAGUUGAUUCUCUGCAGCUUGAUCACUUAUCUGAUCCUGUCACCACUGCUGUUUCAAUUGCUCUUUUCCCGUGGGACAAAUGCACAAGACUGCCUACAUGCAAGAGACUAGACAAAUAGAUGCUUAGAAUUAGACUUGGAAAGUACCUUGGACAUCAUCUAGACCUAGGGUGUAAAACUUGCAUCACGGUGUCAUCAUGUGAGGUAUCGGCAGUGGUGGGAUUCAAAUUCUUUUACUACCGGUUCUGUGGGUGUGGCUUGGUGGGCGUGGCAUAGAUUGGUGGGCAUGGCAGGGGAAGGAUACUGUAAAAUUUCCAUUCCCAUCCCACUCCAGGGGAAGGAGUGUAUUAAAUAAGAACUCUAAGUAAAAGUCCCCUGAAUGUUAUGUUAUAUGAUUGAACAUAUCAAAGUGACUUGAGGAGACUUGGACAACUCCUUGAUUUAUUUAAAUGGAUUUGACUGAUUAUUUAUGAGAUAUUAAAAAUGAUUUGUGUAA